UGAGAUGUAAUGGGCGUUAUAAAUACCGGGAUUCCACAAGAAACGGUACUUCAGCCUUUAAUCGUUUCAUUGGUCAUAGCACGAGCAGAUGACUCGCCAGGAAACCCUCGACUUUGCCAUGGAGCAGGGACUCAUGGUGCAAGCUUUGCUGGAACACUGUCAUAACACGAAGCGACAGGAGACACGACUGCGCUUGGCCACGGCAUUCCUUAUAGCAGCUUUCCUCGCAACAUUGGUGUGGGUACAAUUUCAUCAACUGAAAACGGAUGCAUUUUCAGGUGCCCGAGUGGAAGCUUUGACAACUGAUGAAGGAUCACACAGAAGAUGUUCUGCUUACCUGAAAACUGACCCAAACAAGAAUGCUUGUUCUCAACAGCAAACCAAGGAACAGCUCAUACAUUGGAGCCAGAUGAGUUAUGGACUUGACCACCAACGUUUCAAUUUGACAGACAGCUCUGUCCUUCAUGUCUUCACAAAGGGCUUCUACCUGAUCAAUCUGAGGAUCUCAUACCGUAUAGCUCGUCAUACAUGUCAGCAUACGCACAGACCAAUUUUAGAAGUCAAAGUCACACAGCAGCAUAGCAAUUAUAAAGAGGAGAGAGAUGUUAUAACUGCUGUGGAGAGCAUGCCUUGUAUUCUGUAUUGGCAGCAGUCAGUCACUUUGAACAGAGUAGUCAUGCUAGAAGAUGACACUGAUCUCAGGGUGAAAAUUAACUCCAAUACGUGCAAAUAUGUCAAUUGGUAUGCGAACGGCGAUUUGGAGGUUACUUACUUUUAGCCUUGGCUGUUAUUAGCUGCUUAAAACUUUGCAAUGGCAUUUAUUUUUAUAGACAAUAAACGUAACUUAAACUUUGCAAUGGCAUUUAUUUUUAUAGACAAUAAACGUAACUUAUUUUUAUUAAAUUGGAAUGUUGUUAAAGGGUUGACUUAACCACAAUAUCGUAAUUUUUAUUAAAUAACAUGACUGCAUAUUUGUAGAUUAUCCAGAGAUAAAAGAGUAUUGAAAAGUGAGAAAAUCACUAUUAUUUAUGGGUCAGAUUGCACCACAAUAUUGGUAGCUGUAGAAUUGUUUUAUUUUAAAACUUUUUUGUGCAUUGGGUGUAUUCAUUAAAGACGAUUUGAAUGACAUUCAUUUGAUUUAAAAAAACAGAGCUAUAAUUUUUACUUUAAGGAUGGCUUAAAGAAAGUAUGAAGGGCAAUUCCAACGUUAUGGACGUGACAUUUUGCGUUAUGGACGUGACAUAAAAAUGCUCAGAGAAUGAAUUUGUUACAAAUAUAUUGAACCAUCUGUUUAUAUUUUACUAAACCCUUGUUGAUAGAGUCUAAACAUAAAAAAUGUCAGUCUAUGAACAAAU